AUUGGUUAACACGGGCGCGCCAUGGGUGCCGCCAUUUUGCAAACCUUAUCCGUUGAUUUACGUGUAAAACGUGUGUGUGAUUGAAAAAGCCAUGUCCUCCGACGAAACACCGAACGGUGAUACCAUGGGAAAUGAACAGAAAGAUGAAGAGAUGAAAAGCAACGCAGCUGCAGAAGAUGGGAAAGAGGAUGCAGAACAGAAAGAUGAGAAAGAUGGAGGUGGAGACAAGGAAGGAGAAGAGGAAGAGGAGGAAGAGGAGUCAUCUUCAGAUGAAGAACUACCAUUGGGUUCUGUUGAAGCUCCUGUUCAGAUAAUGACCGGUAAGAGAGAUCGUAAGAAGGUUGAGAGACUCGUCAUGAAAGAAACUCCCAAGACACCAGAGAAGAAAUUUGUUGUACCUGUCGGCAAAGGGGUCCAAAUUGGAGAUAUUCCAAUAGUUGCACAUUUUUUGGAGAAGACAAAAUCACAGGAUCUUAAACCUCUUCAUAAAUUCUUGUUCGGAAAGAUGGUCAGAGAUCCUAGAGAGAACAAGAGAAACAUCAGACAGUUCUCAGGAUUUGAGUUCAGUAAAGAAGAUCCUGAUUACACAAAGAGAGAAGCUCUCUUAGUCAAAUUCACAAUGGAAGGAAUAAAGGAGAUUUGUACCAUUCUUGAUGUGGAGAAGAAAGGAAACAAAGAUGUCAUCAUGGAAAGAAUAAUGGAAUUCUGUUUGAACCCUCAACCCUCCGGUAGAAAGUUACCGAGAAAGGUGAGUAGUCUCCAAGUAUAUUUCAUUGAGAGGAGACGCAGAAAUGCACCUUCUCGGUCAUUUUACACCUUCUCGAUCAUUGUUUGGAUUUUAGGCAAGAAGAAGAGCAAGUCAAAAGGGACAAAGAAGAAGAAGACGAAAGCGAAGAAGCAGAAAGGUGAAGGAAAGAAAGGGGGUGGUGAUGCGUCCACGGAGACAGAAGAAGAUGGAGACACGACAAUGGAUGAUGGGACGGAGGGAGAUGCAGAAGGAGAAGAUGGUGAUACCAGUAUGACAGAAGGCGAAUCCAAGCCAAAGAAGAAGAAGAAGACGCCCAAGACGACAACUCCCAAGCCCAAGAAAGAUUCGGCUAAAACCAAGACCAAGUCACCGAAGAAGAUUGCUGUGAAGACACCAUCUAAGCAGACCAAGAAAUCAAGCCCUGUCAAAUCACCCAAGAAGGCACCACAGAAGACACCACAGAAGAGAAAUCAUGAUGUUGUUGAUGAUGAUAGUUCCGAUGAGGAGCCCCUGAUGAAGAAAAUCAAGGCACCACCUUCAGAUAAGCAGAUCAAGGAGACUGUAAAGGAGAUCCUGGAAGGAGCCAACCUAGAGGAAGUGACGAUGAAGAUGGUUUGCAGAAAGGUCUAUGAUAUCUACCCACAACAUCCCUUACAACACAAGAAAGAUUUCAUUAAGUCCACAGUCAGAGAGAUUAUUUCAUGAUGAACAAUAGCUGCCUUUUAAAUAUUUGUGUCGCCUACUGGAAAUAGCCAUGGAAUGAUGUGGAGGAUGUUCGUCUAAUUCAACCAGGGGGGUGUUUCACAAAGCUUUUUUUCAAUGACAAAUGACAAAAGCCAGUGACAAAUCUGCUGAUAACCAAUCAGAAGCAAGGAUUUCAGUAGCUUAUAACAAAAAUUGUCGUUUGUCACUGAUGACAAGUUUUGUGAAACGCCCCCCAGGCGUCGGCCACCAAGUGAAUCCAUCGGAUUGCCCUCGUCAAGAAACUUGUGUGAUACAUACCAAGAGUCUGAUAUGGAACAAAACACCAGCUGAUUGCCAUUUUCUAAGAAUGUUGCUCAAUUUAUGUCCCAUUUAUGUACACGGAAAUGUUUGAAUACUCUUGGUGUAUAAUUUACCUUUGACCUUGGUAUCAGUUGUGUGUGUAUGGCAGAGGGGGGGUAUACACCAAUUUACAGUUACAACAGUAUGCAUGCGCAGACAUGGGCGCCAUUUUAUUUACGAGUCGUAAACAAACCAAAUGACCUCUAGAGGUCAGUGGUUUAUGCGUAAAUUAAGAUUGCGCCCAUGCAAAUUAUGAUGUGAGCGCACAACGCAGUGCGCAGACAGUGAUGUCAUCAUAAUUUGCAUGGGCGCAACCUUAAUUUACGCAUAAACCAUUGACCUCUUGAGGUCAUUUGGUUUGUUUACUCGUAAAUUGAAAUGGCGCCCAUAACCGUAAACUGGUGUAUUAGCGGUCGGUGGCCAUCUUGUUUUAAGCUAGCAAUGACUUUGUACAUAGGAAAGAUAAAUGAUGAUCAAUUCAUGGUGGCAUCAUUCCGAUAAAUGUUUUUUAGAUUUAUUCAUGUUUUGUUAUGUCUACUGUAACAUAUGGGCCAUGAAGGCGUCUCACCUGCGCGAUAAGAUCAACCGAAGAAAUGUUGGUUCCCACACGAGUUAAUAGUCCACCUCAUUGUCUGCUGUAGAACCAGAACCUCACUAUUACUGGUACUAUUAAAAUUAUAUUGUUUUACAAUUAGUGGCCAACAGCUAAGUGUACCAAGAAGCUUUUGUGAUUUGCAGAAAUUCAGUGUUGUGUCCGUCGCGAUUCAAAUGUUUGCGGUUCUACAGUAGGUCCAUGCCAAAGGAAAAUGAGAUUCACUGUCGUGUAAAACUAGUCAUUUUCUCGUGUUCGAAACUUUGGUGAAAUUCACAAGAGAUGUUUACCCAAUAAGAGGUGCUGUCAAUCACCAAAAUUAGCGUUCAGUUUUAUGACCAGCAGGCCUUAUGUAAUUUUCUGCGUUUUCCCCCCAUUCCCCUACAUGGUAAAGUCAUUAUCUCACUUUUCCCUCACCUGAAGACUCUCCGAGAGAUGAAAGGGUAUUUCCUGAUUGGCCUACGGGUUCGCUGUGUGCAGUACUAGUACCUGUACACACUUCAAAGAUUUGUAUCCACCAAGUCUGGUGUCGGCGAGUUAUGGCCUUCUGCACAUGGAAACUGACGAGUGACUCCCUUUAACCAUGCCCCUCAAAGAUGACGAUAUGUGUGUACAUCUACUAUCACAGUCUAUGUUCUUGCAGUACUUAAAUCCUGAGCACGGCAUGUUGAGAAUCUAAAGGAAUAUGUCCUGUAUAGAUUGACUUCAUACAAAAUUACAAAUUCAUCUCUUCGUAGGAGAUCACAGAUACUUGUACUCUAGCAUUCUGGUUCUCCGUAGGGCAAAGAUGGUCAUUCAGCAAUGCUGAAUCCACUUGCAAAUUAUCGGUUUUGUAAUUCAUUCAUUCUGCUUGAUGGAGAUUUCAUUAAUCUCAACUGGUGUAUUUUGCGAAAGAUUCAUACUGGCAAACUUUUCAGGUCUUGCCAUUCAUUCAUCAAUAUGGACUUCAUGAAUGCACGAUAGUGAAUUAGUACCGGUACAUGAUUCCAUCGUUUUGAAACUAAUUCUCAAGUUAAUAGCCAUGUCUAACAUGUUUUGUGAAAAUGAGCAAAGGAGCUUUUAACAUAUUUUCAAGGAAAGUGCCACAUCAUCUGUUUAGAAAUUGAAGCAGCUGCCAAUGACACGUAUUUCAUCGCUUAAAUUUUGUAUUUUUUUUCACUGUAGUCUAUUAUUUCAUUAAUUGUGUUUAAUCACACUUGGCUCCUACUAUAGAUUUUAAAAGUAUAUGUCUGUAUAAUUAUGUAUGUGGUGAACAUAUAAAUACAUCCAUUGUCAGGUAAUCACGAACCACCUCAUGUAAGGUUUGUAAUCAUGCCAUGUACAUGUGUAUGUGGUUAUAUGAAUACAUCAUUGUCGAUCACAAUAUACAUGGACAGUAUAGACCGCCCUCUGUUAAAUGUUUUUGCAUCCAUAUACAGAUGGGUCCGAAAGUUUGCACACAGCACCAGGGUCCUGUUGCAUAAAACUUACCAUUGAUGCUAACUUUGCCGUCAAUGGCAACUACCAUGGUAACAGGGCUCAACAGCCAAUCAAAAUCAAGGUUUCCAUGGUAGUUACCAUUGAUGGCAAAGUUACCGUAAAUGGUCAGUUUUGUGCAAAAGGGCCCUGGAAGGAAGAAAAAAAUGUAAUCACAUUUUCACAUCUGCACUCCAUCCUAUCAGGGAGAUGUUUCAUAAAGCCUUUCGUAAAGUUACGCACGACUUUACGAACGACUCAUAUAUGAAGUGCCAGAUAGGAUGCCCAAAGUUUUUUUCUGAUAUUUUCAAUAACCUCAAUUAAAUUAUGGCGAAAAUAUCCUUUGCAUUAGAAAUGUUUGUUAUCAUAAGAAUGUUAAUCUACAUCUGCACAGUUCAACUUUAGUUGAUGUAUUUAAUAAUGAUUGAGCAUCCCAUUUGGCUUUUCAUAUACAAGUUGUUCGUAAAGUCAUGCGUAACUUUACGAACAGCUUUAUGAAACACCUUUAUGAACUUUAUGAACAGCUUUAUGAGUCACAUAGAUAAAUCUCUCAGAGUGAUUAAUGAUGUUAAAGUACACUUACUACAUACAUUAAACAGGGGGGUGUUUCACAGAGCCUUUUUCGAUGACAAAUGGCCCCCAAAACAGUGACAUAUCUGCUGAUAACCAAUCAGAAGCAAGGAUUUUAGUAGCUUAUAACAUGUACUGUCAUUUGUCACUGAUGACAAGCUUUGUGAAACUGGGCCUUGAAGUGAAAAUUUGGCAGGAAUUGGUGAAGUUGUGAUAAUGUAUAUUGUUCGGGCCAAACUGUACAUGUGUGUAGUUUAACAGUCAAUGAUCAGUAACGGCAUAGACUCCUUGCACUUUAAAAUUGGCUUUCCUGCAUGUAGCCAGACCUUAGUCUGCAAGCACAAAUCCUGGUCAGUCGUAAAAGUGAGUCUGCACUAUAAGACUACCAUAGACCAUGAACUGUAGCUGGGCUAGACUUCUCUCAAGGCACAAUUAUUUUUCGAUAAAGUGUCAAAUUAGGGUCUGUGCUUGCAGACUAGCCAGACCUUGUAAUAACAAUUGCUGGUAUUCAUACAAACUGCAAACUUAAAUAGAGGUUUAAAACCGUGACUGAUGAAGUAAAGUUAAGCCUCCUUCAGAUAUUAAAGCCAUGGUCAACUGUAGCAUUUUAUGUUUGUUUUUGUUUUUAAAUGACACGAGUGUAAUAUGCAUCACAUUUUUGUGUCUGUAACGUAGAGCUAGGUAAAUAUGCAUAAGAACUUCAAUGUUAAAAAAGUCUUGGUUUACUGCGGAAUAUCUGAAAACGUCUUAAAGUUUUAUGGUUCGCCAAAUGUCAACCUCUUACUGUAAAAGUAAAUCACCUGAACCUGCCUUAAGUUCAUUAUUCAUAGAGCACAGCCACUUUUUCUAAAGAGCGCAUCCAUUUAUUACACGAUGCAUAGGAUGAUCUAGAAUGGGCACCUAUAAAUCUCCAAGUCACAAAGAUUGAUUUUGGGUAGGGGUGUAAAGGUCGAUUGAUCAAAGGUUCACCCAUGGCCUUUGUGGCCUUUAAUUAAUAAUUAAUUAAAGAUAUCAUAAUACAUGUUCAAAAUUCACAAGCACAUGAAGCUCACGUAAUGUCAAUCUUUUUAUUUAAUUUCUAAUUUGUAUUUAAUGACGGGAUUUUGUUUUGAUUAUUCAUGUAAUCAAA